ACUGAUGGAGAGAGGGGAAAAGCAAAAAGACAGAAGCUUCUCAUUAGAUUUGUGUUCUUUUUAAAAAACUCAAAACAAAUAUACUGUCUUUCCUUCAGUAGCCAGCUCAUUCCUUCUAAUAUACAGAUUAAAAGAAAAUCAAAGUUUGAUUCUUUCACUUUCAAGUCUCAUGAUCCAUCUUAAAUUUUAAAUGAAAACACCCAUUUUUUUUUCUUCUCCAAUCUGAUGGCUAUCUCAAAGAUAUGGAAGUCACUUGAAUGCUCAUAAGAGAUUUUGUAUUUUAUGGCAUUGAUAAUUGGGGUUGAUUUUGCUGAAGAUGGAAUUAUUUCUUGGUGUUCUUAUAUUGGCUUGCUUGCUUUCUUUUGUAUCUGCUGAUUUUCAAGGAGAUGCUUUAUUUGCAUUGAAGAAUUCACUCCAUGCUUCAGCCAAUCAGUUGACAGAUUGGAAUCCAAAUCAAGUUAACCCUUGCACUUGGUCAAAUGUUAUGUGUGAUCCUAGUAAUAAUGUCAUUUCUGUGACAUUGUCAUCCAUGAACUUUCCUGGCACCUUGUCCCCUAAAAUAGGAGUUCUGAAGACUCUUUCAUCACUUACGUUGAAAGGAAAUGGUAUAACCGGUGAGAUACCAAAAGAGUUAGGGAACUUGUCAAGCUUGACCAGCUUGGAUUUGGAAAAUAAUCAUUUAACUGGAGAAAUACCUUCUUCCCUCGGUAAUCUUAAAAAGCUCCAAUUCCUGACACUGAGUAAAAACAAUCUUUCUGGAAUAAUCCCUCAGUCAAUUUCAGAUCUUCCAAAGUUGAUCAAUCUUCUGCUCGAUUCGAAUGAUCUUAGUGGUCAAGUUCCUGAUCAUUUGUUCCGUAUUCCAAUUUACAAUUUUACAGGAAAUAGGUUAAGUUGUGGUGAAAAUUUUCCUCACCGUUGUGUAUCAAAUGGAAAUGAUUCAGGUUCUUUGCAGAAGCCAAAGGUUGGAAUCAUUGUUGGAAUGGUUGGGGGAUUUAUAAUCCUUCUUAUUGUUGGUGGGUUGCUGUUUUUCCUGUGCAAGGGUAGACAGAAAGGCUACAAGCGUGAAGUGUUUGUAGAUGUUGCAGGUGAAGUUGACCGAAGAAUUGCUUUUGGUCAAUUGAGAAGGUUUGCAUGGAGGGAAUUACAGUUGGCUACGGAUAACUUCAGUGAAAAGAAUAUUCUUGGACAGGGAGGUUUUGGAAAGGUUUAUAAAGGUGUGCUUUCUGAUAACACAAAAGUUGCAGUUAAGAGAUUAACUGAUUUUGAAAGUCCUGGAGGAGAUGCAGCUUUUCAACGCGAAGUUGAGAUGAUAAGUGUAGCUGUUCACAGGAAUCUCUUACGGCUGAUUGGCUUUUGCACGACUCCAACAGAACGCCUUUUGGUCUAUCCUUUUAUGCAGAAUUUAAGUGUGGCGUAUCGUCUUCGAGAACUCAAACCUGGUGAACCUGUUGUAGAUUGGCCUACAAGAAAAAGAAUAGCCCUAGGUGCAGCACGUGGGCUGGAAUACCUUCAUGAACAUUGCAAUCCUAAGAUCAUUCAUCGGGAUGUGAAAGCAGCUAAUGUAUUAUUGGAUGAAGACUUUGAAGCAGUUGUUGGUGACUUUGGCCUAGCAAAGUUGGUGGAUGUGAGGAGGACAAAUGUGACAACUCAAGUUCGUGGUACAAUGGGCCACAUAGCACCUGAAUACUUGUCCACUGGGAAGUCAUCAGAAAGGACAGAUGUCUUUGGUUACGGGAUUAUGCUUCUGGAGCUUGUAACAGGUCAACGUGCAAUUGAUUUUUCACGCUUGGAAGAAGAAGAUGAUGUCUUGCUGCUUGAUCAUGUCAAGAAGCUGGAAAGGGAGAAAAAGCUAGAUGCUAUUGUAGAUUGCAACCUUAAUAAAAAUUACAACAUCCAGGAGGUGGAGGCUAUGAUCCAAGUUGCAUUGCUUUGUACCCAAGCAUCACCAGAGGACCGUCCAGCAAUGUCAGAGGUGGUGAGGAUGCUGGAAGGGGAGGGGCUGGCAGAGAGGUGGGAGGAAUGGCAGCAUGUUGAAGUUACGCGUAGGCAAGAGUAUGAAAGACUUCAAAGGAGAUUUGACUGGGGAGAAGAUUCAUUAUAUAACCAGGAUGCAAUUGAGUUAUCUGGUGGAAGAUGAGGGAAAGAAUUCCCCCUGCUUGUUAAAAGCAUGUAACAUUCUAGUUUCUAUUAGUAGGUUAGGUAAUUUAUGUUUUCAUUGGGUGAGCAAAUUUUUAAUUUGAGCAAUGAUAGGGAAAGAGAAAAAACAAAAGGAGAUGGCAUCAUAUUUUUAUGUGCAUUGUGUCAUAGCUCUCCUGUUCUUCAUGUUUUAUUCAAGGUUUCUUGUAUGUGUUUGUUGCAUCAAAGAGCAAACCUCAAGAAAGUAUAUGAUCGUGUAUUUCAACAUCAUGUGGUUUUUCGUAGAAUAUUGAAGAUUUUUCAGAAUUUUACUAAUCUUGUUUCCA